GCCGGGGAAAAAAAAAAAACGGGGAUGAUGAACAGAGGGAUGAAAAAGAGGAGGAGUGGUUUCGGGGAACGGGUGAUGAAAUGACGGAGCACAUGGCUAACCUGAAGAAGUUUAUGGAGCAUGUCCAGCAGAGGAACGUCGAAAAAGUGGCAAAGGCGCUGGAGAAGGGGCUCGAUCCCAAUUUUCAUGAUCCAGACACGGGAGAAUGCCCGCUGACUCUGGCGGCCCAGCUGGAGGGAUGUGCAGACAUGAUAAAGGUGCUGAGGAGUGGCGGCGCCCAUCUGGACUUCAGGACCAGAGACGGGAUAACAGCCCUGCACAAGGCCGUGAGGACCAAGAACCACACCGCCCUCAUCACGCUGUUAGACCUGGGCGCGUCUCCGGACUACAAGGACAGCCGGGGGCUCACCCCCCUGUACCACAGCUCCAUGGUGGGGGGGGACCCGUACUGCUGCGAGCUGCUGCUGCACGACCACGCCCAGGUGGGCUGCAUGGACGAGAACGGCUGGCAGGAGAUCCACCAGGCCUGUCGCCACGGACACGUGCAGCACCUGGAGCACCUGCUGUUCUACGGGGCGGACAUGAGCGCGCAGAACGCCUCGGGGAACACGGCGCUGCACGUCUGCGCGCUCUACAACCAGGAUAGCUGCGCCAGGGUCCUUUUGUUUCGAGGGGCGAACAAGGAAAUAAAGAACUACAACAACCAAACGGCAUUCCAGGUGGCUAUUAUUGCUGGGAAUUUUGAUCUGGCUGAAAUCAUAAAGAUUCACAAACUAUCAGAUGUUGUGCCUUUCAGGGAGACCCCCUCCUACACCAACCGGCGGCGCGUGCUGGUUAGCGGGACCCUGGCGUCGCCCCGCUCGCUCCUCCGCUCCGCCAGCGACAACAACCUCAACGCGGAGGGACGCGGGCCCCCCCACUCGCCCGUGCCCUCCCUGCGCAGCCUGCCGCCGCUGGCGGGGCAGCCGGGGGGCGAGGGGGGGGCCGACAGCAGCCUGCAGAGCACCGGCAGCUCCCGCAGCUCCCACUCCCGCUCGCCCUCGCUGCACCGCGUCCAGGAGGAGGCCGACAAGCUCAGCCUGAGGAGGCACGCCCGCGGGAGGCUCAGUCCCAGCACGGUCCAGCGGGACCCCAGCCCCCCUCCCCAGCCGCCGCCGGCCCUGCCCGGGCCCCGGGGCCCCAAGAGGAAGCUGUACAGCGCCGUCCCCGGGCGCACCUUCAUCGUGGUCAAGCCCCACACGCCGCAGGGGGAGGGCGAGAUCCAGCUCAACCGCGGGGAGAGGGUGAAGGUGCUGAGCAUCGGUGAGGGGGGGUUCUGGGAAGGCUCGGUGAAGGGCCGGACGGGCUGGUUUCCUGCGGACUGUGUGGAGGAGGUGCAGAUGCGACAGUAUGACCCGCGUCUUGAGACGAGGGAGGACCGGACCAAGAGGCUGUUCAGGCAUUACACGGUGGGCUCCUAUGACAACUUCACCUCCUACAGCGAUUACAUCAUCGAGGAGAAGAACGCCGUCCUGCAGAAGAAGGAGAACGAGGGCUUCGGGUUCGUGCUGCGGGGGGCGAAAGCGGAGACGCCCAUCGAGGAGUUCACGCCCACGCCGGCCUUCCCCGCGCUGCAGUACCUGGAGUCCGUGGACGUGGAGGGCGUGGCCUGGAGGGCGGGGCUUAGGACCGGGGACUUCCUCAUCGAGGUGAACGGGGUGAACGUGGUGAAGGUGGGGCACAAGCAGGUGGUGUCCCUCAUCCGGCAGGGGGGCAACCACCUCCUGAUGAAGGUGGUCUCCGUCACCCGCAAGCCCGAGUCGGAGGAGGUGGUGCGGAAGAAAGCUCCGCCACCCCCCAAGAGGGCCCCCAGCACCACGCUGACGCUGCGCUCCAAGUCCAUGACGGCCGAGCUGGAGGAGCUGGCGUCCGCACGGAGGAGAAGAGGGGAGCGGUUUGACGAGAUGCUGGCCUCCCAGGAGCCGGUGGCGAGGGCCCCCGUCGCCGAGGUCGACUACAGGGCCGCCACGGUGAAGCAGCGGCCGACCAGCCGGCGAAUCACGCAGGCCGAGAUCAGCUCGCUGUUUGAGCGUCAGGGGAUGGUGCCUCACGGUGGGCUGCACCCGGGACUGGACAAGACUCACAUGCCGCUGCCCAAAGGGAUGUCCCGGACCAAGUCUUUCGGGGCGUCUGAGGAGGACCGGUUGUCAGCCUUGGUGGGAGAGGCUCGGUUUCCAAGGAGCUCGUCGAUGACGGACAGCCUCAGAGACAGCCACAGCAUCCCUCCGCCUCCCCAGACCGCGCCCCCUCCUCCCCCGUCCCCCUACUACCAGGACACGCCCCCGGCCUUCUGCCCGCCCCCUCCGCCGGGGCGGGGCCACGACCAGGGCCGGUCCAGCUUCAAGCCCGGCGCGGAGGCCAAGCUGCACGCCCUGGCGCAGGCGGCGGCGGCGGCGGAGAUCUACGACCCGCCCCGGGCCGCGGCGCACGCCGAGCGGCAGAAGAAGGCGCGGUCCAUGAUCAUCCUCCAGGACUCCUCCCACCUGCCCGUGGAGCCCACCGACCUGCCGCGGCUGGGGCCCUCCGCCGCGCCGCCCGAGAAGAUCAAGAGGAAAGGGCGGGUCAUCGACAACCCAUACGCCAACGUGGGCCAGUUCAGCAUCGGCCUGUACACGCCCACCAAGCCGCAGCGCAAGAAGAGCCCGCUGGUCAAGCAGCUGCAGGUGGAGGACGCGCAGGAGCGGGCGUCGCUGGCGCUGGCCGCCGCCCACUCCCGCGAGCACUCCCCCACGGGCCGCGUCCCGCACACCAGCCGGGCCGAGUACUACCAGCAGCAGCUGCUGCAGGAGCGGGCGCGGGCGCAGGCCGAGGGGCCCUUCUCCGCCGUCAUCGCGGGCGCCGUGCGGGACCGGGAGCGGCGGCUGCAGGAGCGGCGCCGGUCCACCGUCUUCCUGUCGGUCGGCACGGUGGAGGGCGGCAGCUCCGCCCACGAGCUGUCGCCCUCGCUCACGCAGUCCCGCUCCAUCGACGAGCGGCUGCUCAGCCGGGAGCUGGGCCAGCUGCCGCCGCCCGCCCCCGCCCUGGCGCCCCGGGCCCUGCCCGGCGGCACCACCUUCAUCCACCCGCUGACGGGCCGGCCCCUGGACCCGCACUCCCCGCUGGCCCUUGCGCUGGCCGCAAGGGAGCGGGCGCUGACGUCCCAGAGCCAGUCCCCCGUGGGCAGCCCCGAGGCCAGGACUAAGCACGAGGCGCCGGGGCCGCUGUUCGUCGACACUCAGACCAAAGAGGCGGAGCGCUGCGAGGCGGAGGGCGGGGCGGUGUCUCCGCCCUACUCCCCCCCGCCGGGGGCCAAAGCGGGCUACGGGCCCCCCUCGGGCGCGGCCGCGGCCCCGGGCCCCUCCAAGAGCCCGUGGGGGAGCCCGGCGACGCUGCGGAAGGAGCUGGACCCCAGGGCGGAGGGGCGGAAGGACGACAGGAAGCAGGAGGACAAGAAGAGCAUGAUCAUCAGCAUCGUGGACACGUCGCAGCAGAAGACGGCCGGCCUCGUCAUGGUCCACGCGACCAGCAACGGGCAGGCGGCGGCGGAGCUGGGCCUGGAGGAGGCGUCGGCGUCGCCGGCGGGGACGCCCACCGAGGCCCCGAAACCCGCGCUGGGCGAGCUGAAGCGCGGGGCGUCGCCCGUCCCGGCGGCGGCGGCGGCGGCGAUGGCGGCGGCCGGCCCGCCUCAGGGGAGCCCCGCGGCGGAGAAGAAGACGCUGGCGCAGGGCAGCUCGGAGGAGGACGUGGAGCCCUACACCGUCACCCUCCCGCCCGCGCUGCUCUCCUCCAGCGACGAGGAGACGCGCGAGGAGCUGCGCAAGAUCGGCGUGGUGCCGCCGCCCGACGAGUUCGCCAACGGGCUCCUGGCCAAGCAGGCCGCCGCCGCCGCCGCCGCCGCCGCCGGCCCCCAGCUGGCCCGGCUGGUGGCGCCCGCCGCCCAAACCCAAGCAGCAGCAGCAGCAGCAGCAGCAGCACACCCCCCCGCCGGAGGAACACCCUCAGGGAAGCCCUCGGACGCCCACCUGGCGCCCGAGUCGGCGGCCGACUCCGGGGUGGAGGAGGUGGACGCCCGCAGCUCCAGCGACCACCACCUGGAGACCACGAGCACCGUCUCCACCGUCUCCAGCAUGUCCACCCUGUCGUCGGAGAGCGGCGAGCCCACCGACACCUACAGCUCCUACGCCGACGGGCAGACUUUUAUACUCGACAAGCCGCCAGUGCCUCCCAAGCCCAAACUCAAGUCCCAGCUCGGCAAGGGGCCGGUGACCUUCAGGGACCCCCUGCUGAAGCAGUCCUCGGACAGCGAGCUCCUCUCGCAGCAGCACGCGGCGGCGCUGGCCGCGGCCGCCAGCGCCGGGCGACCCCGCUACCUCUUCCAGAGACGCUCCAAGCUUUGGGGGGACCCCGUGGAGCCGCGGCUGCCCCCGGGCCCCGAGGACGGCAAGCCCACUGUGAUCGGGGAGCUGAGCUCCCGGCUCCAGCAGCUCAACAAGGACACGCGCUCGCUGGGGGAGGAGCCCCUGGGGGCCUCGCUCGACCCCGGGAGGAAGUCCCCGGUGGCGGGAGCCAGACUCUUCAGCAGUUUAGGGGAACUCCACACCAUUUCCCAGAGGAGCUACGGCACCACCUACACCAUCCGCCCGGGCAGCCGCUACCCGGUCACCCGCCGGACCCCCAGCCCGGGGAAGGGCUCCCCGGACCGGACCGACCCGCUGGGGCCCAUCCGGGGCUACGGCCUGGCCGGCUCGCCCACCACGCCCCCCACCAUCCUCAAGUCGUCCAGCCUGAGCAUUCCGCACGAGCCCAAGGAGGUGCGCUUCGUCAUGCGCAGCUCCAGCGCCCGCAGCCGCUCGCCCUCGCCCUCGCCCUCGCCCCUGGGCUCCCCGCUGCUCGCCCUGCGGCCCUUCCACCAGAAGCCCCUGCACCUGUGGAACAAGUACGACGUGGGCGACUGGCUGGAGAGCAUCAACCUGGGCGAGCACCGGGACCGCUUCCAGGAGCACGAGAUCGAGGGCUCGCACCUGCCCGCCCUCACCAAGGACGACUUCGCCGAGCUGGGCGUGACGCGCGUGGGCCACCGCAUGAACAUCGAGCGCGCGCUCAAGCAGCUGCUGGAGAGCUGACGCAUCGCCCGCCCCCGCCCCCGCCGCCUCCUCCUCCUCCGCCUCCGCCACCGCCACCGCCC